AUGGCUGGAAUGAUGGCGCCCAUGUGGUUGCAGGAGACAUUUGAUGUUCCCUUAGUAAUUCAAAUGACCGACGAUGAAAAAACGCUAUGGAAGGAUUUGACGGUAGAACAAUCUAUGAAGAUGGCUCGAGAAAACGCCAAGGAUAUUAUUGCCAUGGGGUUCGAUGUUGGUAAAACAUUCAUUUUUGCAAACCUCGAUUACAUGGGACGAUGUCCAGCAUUUUAUCAAAACAUUAUACGUAUUCAAAAGUGUGUAACUUUCAACCAAGUUAAAGGCAUAUUUGGAUUCGUGGACUCGGAUGUGAUAGGAAAAAUUGGAUUCCCUGCCGCACAAGCAGCUCCUGCUUUUUCAACUACAUUUCCUUUCAUUUUUGGAAAAGAUAAACUGCCUGUUCUAAUACCAUGUGCUAUUGAUCAAGAUCCGUACUUCCGAAUGACUAGAGACGUUGCACCACGGUUAGGUUUUCCAAAACCAGUGCUUCUCCAUUCAAGCUUCUUCCCAGCAUUACAGGGGGCCAAAACAAAAAUGUCGGCUAGUGAUACAAAUUCGGCUGUUUUUCUUACUGACACACCGAAGCAAAUAAAAAACAAAAUCAAUAAGCAUGCAUUUUCAGGAGGAAGACCAACUUUGGAAGAGCAUCGAGAAUUUGGAGGCAACACUGAUAUCGAUGUGAGCUAUCAGCUAUUGCGUUUCUUCAUGUACGAUGAUGAGGAAUUGGAAAGAAUUCGAAUUUCAUACAGCAAAGGAGAACUGCUUAGUGGUGAGCUAAAAAAAAUAGCAGUAGAAACACUUCAAUCAAUCGUUGCCGACCAUCAAAGGAAACGGCAAGAUGUAACUGAUGCGAUACUAGAACAGUUUAUGACACCAAGAAAAUUAAAUUAUAAUUUCAACGGAGUAGAUAGCAAAAAGUAUUGAAUAUUGAAGAGUGGUCAAACUACAAUUAUAGUUGGUAGUUGCAAUUCCUAAAAUAUUUCACAACUGAUAGCUUUCGUUCGAAGUCUUUUAUACUAUGUUAUAACCUUUGUUAAUAUCGUUGAAGCUUGAACGAAGAACUGUAUAAACGAAAAUAAUUAAAAAAUAAUCAGUUGUAAAACUUGAAUGAAAAUAGUUACUUAAUAGUAAUGUAACAAAAAAAUGGAGCUUUUUUCUUGUGCCUUGGUUUCCGAGUAACUAAGCCAUUUUCUUGCAUUGAACGGAUUUCACGCCAACUUGUCUAUAAUAUUGGUAGCACUCUCUCACAAACCAAUAAACCAUUGUGGAUGCAAAGACUUUAUCUAAACAGCAACUGUGCAUAAGUAGUUUUUCCGAAAUUUGUCCAGACUAGCUUUUAUUCUAAAUAAGUAAAUGUAGCUGCGAGGAUUGCUGCAUUUGGUAUGGCAUGGAUAAUUUAAGUAUUUACCUACUUACUUAUUCUGCCGAGAGCCGGGGUGACUCUUGCCGUAUCAAGAAUUCCUCUCCAUUGUACACGGUCCUGGGCUACUCGUCGCCAAUUCGUUGCGCGUCUCGACACACGCAAGACGGCUUCAACCUGGUCGAGCCAUCUAGCACAUUGAGCCCCUCUAUUCCUGGUGCCGGAGGGGUUCUUGAAGAG